AAACUACAAUCAGCCUUCUGUACAAGUUAAAGGUCUCGUAUCUCAACCAGAGCGCCUUCCAGCUCUGUAUUUACUUUUCAAUAGUUUCUAACAAGGAUUGUUAAAUGAAUAUUGUGUGAAGAGAAUCUUCAUCAAAUCGAGAGCUGCAGCAUUAGCUGAGUGUGGAAAGAAGGUCUUAGUAAAUAUAGUUUUAGAGACGUGAGCAAUAGGAAACUCGCGUUCAAGUUAUGUAAUCAGAUUCUGAUUAAUAGGCGAAACAUCGCUGCAAACGUGGUCAUGAAAACAAGACACAUCGUUGUGAAACGGUAGAAAGGCGAAUAACCUACAUUUUGGACGGCACUUUUUUUUAAAGUUUGUCUGUUUACGCUUCGUGUCGAAGAAAAUUUAAGCAUUAUGGGGAUGUCAUCUCGACCUGACCCAAGAUCCUGGUGGUUGGUGAUAAACAGCCCGAAGACGUUUUAACUGAGAAAAAAAAUCGUCAGGCAUUCAUAAAGAUGACCAAUUCAACAUCAAACAGUUUGCUUUUCAAUCUUACGAAAGACAAACUUGGUGGCUAUUCGGAUAAUGUCACUCGAGAGUCCAAUGAAAUUCAAGUGAACGUUUACUCAAAAGUUUUGAAGCUCACUUUGUAUGCAAUCAUCUUUCUGGUCAGCGCCAUUGGAAACACUCUCGUCUGCAUUAUUAUAUUCAGGAAGCGAAAGAUGAAGACCGUUACAAAUUAUUUCAUUCUGAAUCUGGCUUUCGCAGAUCUGACACUCACGCUGAUUUGCAUCCCAUUUGACAUACCUGUUCAAGAGAUGAAUUAUAAAUGGCCCUAUGGUUCGUUCAUGUGUGGUGUCCUUUAUCCGCUCCAGACCAUGUCCUUAUUUGCAUCAGUGUUCACACUAACAGCUGUCAGUCUGACUCGUUACUGGGCCAUCUUACACCCGUUACAACGACAGCUUAGCAUCACCCACGCUAAGUGGCUGAUUGCAAUUAUUUGGUUGCUGGCCAUAGCACCUGUCUCCCCGUACAUCAAUGUUCUGGGAAUCGGCGAAACCGGGUCAUGCGACGAAACCUGGAAAGACGUCCAAAGCAGGAAGGUUUACACGGUAGUUCUCUUUGUUGCACAGUAUGUUGCUCCUCUGAGCAUUAUCGCCGCAGCGUAUGUAAGCAUUUGUAAGGAGUUAGGAAAGAAGAAGUCAGAAACAGAAAACAGAUUCCUUCAACAUGCCAAGAACGAAGAAGCUUCUAAAGUUACUCGCAUGUUGGUUGCUGUAACCAUUCUGUUCGCAGUCUGCGUUCUCCCAACCAAUAUCAUGUGGUUAUGGCUGGACUUUGGCAACGCCGAGGACGAAUUUUCAGAAUUCUGGGAGCUGGUUGCAUUUUGCAACAUUUUAACUUUUGCUAACAGCGCUGCCAAUCCAGUGUGCUACACCAUAACAAACGCAAAUUACCGAAAAGAAAUCAAGUGUCUUCUAAAAGGAUGGUUCAACGGGCGAGACGAAGUUUCGUUAAGAUCUGAACAUGAGACCAGAAUGCUGGACAUCUCCAGAGACCAAAGUUGUAAUCGUAUUACAGUUGACACUUCCAUGUAAAAACUCCAACUUUUAUCGGCAUCUCCAGCUUUAGUAUUUAUUCUUAACAGCUAUAAGUGUGAACUCCAUAAUAUGCCUUCAUGGUAAGAUUCACUCGUUAAUGCAAUAAUUAUGUUUUAUUGCUAACAAAAUGGCCUUGUUGGAACGUCACUAAAGAGAAUUAAUCUCGAGUCUCAUCAUUCCAAAUCUCAACGGUUUUCAAUGCCGAACCGUUGCAGCUAAACCUUAUUUUAAUUUUUUAUUAUUAUGAUUUUAAUUUUUUCAUUUCAGCCUGGCUUAAGCUACCAAUGGUUUGGGUUAUCAGUGCAAGUUUAGCUCAUUUCACUUUUGCAUGAUAAUUGAUCGCUUUUUCCACCCGACUUAAUGUUUUAGCAAUUUAUUUUACCUACAAAAUAAACCAGGACAUAGCAGCCCUGGAGGUUUCAUGCCUGCUGGUAUCAAAUUGAAUAUAGUUUACACAGUCAAGCUGACUCUAUAAUUAUAAUAGUAAAAAAAGCCGAUUAGUAGUUGACUUCUAGGAAGUACACAGUUGGUAAAGUACAUAAUAAUAGUAAAAGAAACUUAAUAAAGGUAAUAAAUUAAAAAUGACUUGAAGAUAGAUUUGAUCAAAACAUUGCAUGGAAAACACCUUGACCGUUCUAAAUCUUCACAUGGAUGUGAUUGAAAUGAACAACAUAAUUAAGAAGAAUGUUGACCGUUCUCUUCUUUUAACAUAUUAGUUCGAAUUUAGAAAACACCGGCACUCAUUUUAGCUUCUUGACUCUGCUGGCCUGCAAGUCAGCACACCAUCUAGAAAACUUCUAAGAUCGGUUCUCGCAUCGUGCAGGAUAACAGCUUAGAUUUUCUUUAUGCUUUCGAGCUUGGGUCAUAAGACGUAGAAUUGUAGAAUCGAUGGAUCGAUGAAAAUUCAAUCUACAAAACUAAGGCCAAUGAAUAUUCUUAACUUGGGCUAAAUAAUUUAAAUUUGUUGUCGCAGUAUCGCAGGACUGAGGGGUGAGACUCGACGACAACGGGCGAUUCGUGAGUAUGUAAAAUAUUAAAGAUGGUAAAUAGGCGACUCAUCGAAAAGCGAGGGUCAGCCGUUUUUUUCUAAUUUUUCGAUUUUGCAAAGUACGGAGAAUGACUUGGCCACUUAACAUAAAUAACUGGCUUAAAAUAUAAAAUAACUGGAUUAAAAUAUGAAAUACUGUCAGGCGGUAUUGAGACCGAGAAGACUGAUGUUUGUAGGCUGUCAUUUAUGGAUUCAGUAAUCGGCGGGCUGUAGCUAUAGGUCACUGAGAAGGUACGAGAAAGAAAAGCAUCAAGACUGAUUAUGUCUAUGUAGAUAGAGAUGCUUUGGUAAAGACAAAUAGCGUUACUCUUAAGAGUCAUGUCAUUCAUUAGAAUUAUUUUAGUGAAAAGUGUAUAGAUCAAACGGAGCAUAGACAAUACAGAAUAUUUACUAAUAUGAUCUGGUUUCCAUAGA